CGAGAUGGACAUCAGGUUUUCUAGUAAGAUGGGUACGAGUCAUUUUGUGGAAGAAGAGAUGCAAAGAUUGCGCCACUUGGUGAAACAUAUGGGGGACGAGAUUGCUUUCAUGAACAGGAGGCUAUCGGAGUCACAUCUUAAGUAUGAGGACAUGUGCUUCACUUUGCGAAAACUUGUUGUGGAUCUUACCAUGGAGAUAGAUCACAAAAACCAGAGGCUAGCGGACAUGGAGCUCAAGCUCAUUGAGGCCUCUAACGCCGCCGUACGUUUCAAGGACGAGACAAAUGCUUUUCGUGAAGAACACAUUCAAGAAAUGGGGAAGACGGAUUUCCUCAUGGUUCAGAACGCAAAACUAAAGCGUGAGCUGGAAUCGCGACUCCGAGAUUUGGAGAGACACGCCAAGUUCCUUGUGGAGAGUCGAGCCAAAGACGAAGACUGCAAAAGGUGUAAAGACAAAGAGAAGUUGGUCAUCUCCAAUGCUGCCGAUCAAGAUGUGGAUGCCCUGAUGAAAAGACUAAAUGACUUGGAAGACGUGGAAGCUUUGAAUCGAGCUCUCAUAUACAAAGAGAGGUUGAGCAACGACGAGCUUCAAGAUGCUAGAAAAGAAGCCAUGAUAGGAUUGCACAAUCUGCUGAACUCAAGAACAACAAUCCAGAUAAAGAGGAUGGGGGAGAUUGAUCAGAAACCAUUUCAAGCAUUCUGGAAAAGGAAAUACCCAAUUAAUCAUACAAACGGGGAAUGGGAACAAAUGUCGGCUGCAUUGUGUUCUUUGUGGGAAGAAAACGUCAAGAACCCACAUUGGCUUCCAUUCAAGAAAGUUCAACUCCAUGGAAAAGAAGAGGAAGUGAUAGAUGAGGAUGAAGAGAAACUGAAGGAACUGAGAAAGGAAUGUGGGCAGGAAGUGUACGAGGCUGUAACCAAAGCCUUGUUGGAGCUAAACGAUUACAAUCCAAGCGGACGAUUCACAAUUCAAGAGCUCUGGAAUGUGAAGGAGGGAAGAAAGGCCACCAUGAAAGAAAUAGUCCAAUAUGUUAUCAAACAAAUGAAGAAUCACAAGAGCAAGAAGAGACUCCGUUGAACUUACUCUAU